AUGGGAAGCUGUACAAGUUCCCCCAAGACAGAGCCCUCAAUACGCCGUGGCAGCUCUCCUAAUGCCUCCACCAAGCCCGCCGUGUAUGGUUUCGGUGUUAGUCAACCGUCUCGGAGUGUCUGCAUGUUCUGUAAAGUCACCGGAAUCCCUUUCAAGUUCAACAAUGUAGAUCUCAAGUCUGGUGAGCAGAAGAAAGACGCGUAUUUGAAAAUCUCUCCUCUCGGCCAGGUCCCAUGCCUGGUUGAUGGAGGCGCUACAUACACGCAAUGUCCAACGAUCAUAAAAUAUUUAGCCGCCAAAUACAAGGUUGCCGAUCACUGGUUCCCGUCAUCAGACCUGAAGGUUCAGGCUCGAAUCAACGAGUAUCUUGACUGGCAACACACGGGACUAAGACAGGAUGGAACUGCCGUAUUUAGAGGCAUGAUUUUUACGCCAAUGAUUACCGGAAAUCCGAUCGAUGAGGAAAAGCUGGCGACGGACACGGAGAAGUUUGACAAGACUCUCGGAGUGAUGGAAAAUAGAUUCCUUGGGAAUAAGAUGUUCCUGGCUGGGGAUAAGAUCUGCAUUGCUGAUAUCUGCGCCAUUUCAGAGCUAAUGCAAGUUCUGGCCAUUCAACGGACUGACGUACUGGCCAGCCACCCCAAAUUGAAAGCAUGGAAGGACCGAGUGGUGAAACAGCUAAACCCUGCCUUCGACGAGGAGCAUAAAUUACUCAUGGCAUUCACGGAAAAGGCGAGGAAAGGAGGUCGUCCAAUGUCUGCACCGAUGUCCAAAGAACCUGUGAAUGUUUAUGGCUUCGGAGUUUCACAGCCAACUCGGAGUGUCUGUCUCUUCUGUAAAAUCAACGGUAUCCCUUUCAAGUUCAACAACGUAGAUCUACCGGGCGGUGAGCACAAGAAAGACGCGUUUUUGGCAAUCUCUCCCCUCGGUGAAGUUCCUUGUAUCGUUGAUGGUGGCACUACAUACACGCAAUGUCCAACGAUCAUCAAAUAUUUAGCCGCCAAAUACAAGGUGGCUGAUCACUGGUUCCCUUCAGGAGACUUGAAGGUUCAGGCUCGAAUCAACGAGUAUCUUGACUGGCAACACACGGGUCUAAGACAGGAUGGGACGGCCGUCUUUAGAGGCAUGGUUUUUACGCCAUUGGUGACUGGAACACCGAUCGAUGAGGAAAAGCUGGCGAAGGACCUGGAGAAGUUUGACAAGACUCUCGGAGUGAUGGAGAAUAGAUUCCUUGGGAAAAAAGAGUUCCUUGGUGGGGAUAAGAUCUGCAUCGCUGAUAUCUGCGCCAUUUCAGAGCUGAUGCAAGUUCUGGUCAUUCAACGGACUGACAUGCUGGCAAGCCACCCCAAGUUGAGAGCCUGGAAGGACCGAGUGGCCAAACAACUGUACCCUCACUUCAACGACGUGAACAAAGUUCUCCUGGAGUUCUGCGAAAUGGCUAAAAACAAUAUCCCUCCAAGUGCUGCACCGAUGUCCAAAGAACCUGUGAAUGUUUAUGGUUUCGGAGUUUCACAGCCAACUCGGAGUGUCUGUCUCUUCUGUAAAAUCAACGGUAUUCCUUUCAAGUUCAACAACGUAGAUCUACCGGCCGGUGAGCACAAGAAAGAAGCAUUUAUGAAAAUCUCCCCGCUUGCACAGGUUCCAUGUAUUGUUGAUGGUGGCACUACAUACACGCAAUGUCCAACGAUCAUGAAAUAUUUAGCUGCCAAAUACAAGGUUGCCGAUCACUGGUUCCCGUCAGGAGACUUGAAGGUUCAGGCUCGAAUAAAUGAGUAUCUUGACUGGCAACACACAGGUCUAAGACAGGAUGGGACGGCCGUCUUUAGAGGCAUGAUUUUUACGCCAUUGGUGACUGGAACACCGAUCGAUGAGGAAAAGCUGGCGGCGGACACUGAGAAGUUUGACAAGACUCUGGGAGUGAUGGAAAAUAGAUUCCUUGGGAAUAAGCAGUUCUUAUGUGGGGACAAGCUCUGCAUCGCUGAUAUUUGUGCUAUUUCAGAGUUGAUGCAAGUUUUGGUCAUCCAACGGACUGACGUACUGGCCAGCCACCCCAAAUUGAAAGCAUGGAAGGACCGAGUGGUGAAACAGCUCAACCCUGCCUUCGACGAGGAGAAUAAAUGUCUCAUGGAAUUCAUUGCAAAAGUAUCACAGAAGUAAAACCCCCUUCUUUAAAAAA